AUGAGUAAGAAGCCCCCUCCCCAGAAGGAAAAGGUGAAGACGGUAGUUAUACCUCUUUCUCAGGAGUUAAACGUCGAUGUGGAUUUGCGACGAUUGCAAGAGGCUUGUAGCGCACUCGGAGAAUGCAUGGCACCUUUCAUAAAACGCAUCAAACUGGAAUGUCAGCGGGUGAAAGAUGGUGAGCAGCCGGAUGUUCCCACAGUUCCUUUGUUCGUGUACAAUGAAAUCCCAUACACCGAGGUGAAGCUGCUCUUCAAGGAAAUUCUGCCAGUUUACCCAUUUCUUCGCGUAAUUCAGCUGCACCACUGCGCUGUUGGCGAUGAGGGUAUACUUGCUAUUGUAGACUUUAUUCGUUCCUACAAGCCGUCCCCGGACAGGAAUCCUUUCGGUAUACAGUGCCUCGAGGUACCUGGGUGUCGAAUAGGGCCCAGUGGCGCCAAACAUAUUGCUAACCUACUGAGUGAGAACGACACUAUUACUCGUUGUGUACUGGAUUUUAACCCUUUGGGUGAUGCUGGAGCCCANGCAAUCGCUGGUGGAAUGCGUUGGAAUGGGUCACUAGAAGACCUUUCUUUGCAGUAUUGUGAAAUCGGGCCCGCCGGUGCCGAUGAGCUCGCAAAGGCCGUCUUACGAUGCUCCAAUGUUCGUAUACUUUCCCUUCGGGGAAAUGCUUUGGGCCCUGAGGGCAUAAAGCACAUUGGCUCCGCUUUGGGUAUGAGUAAUCGCAUCGAGUCCAUUGACGUUGCGGACACCCGUUUCGGUGGAUCCUGGAAAGCUGUGGAGGCGCUCUGCCAAGGCGCGGAGUGCAGCAGCUCGCUGACAUCGGUAGACAUGGAUUUCAAUGUGGUGGUGCCAGAGGCCGCCCCACUGAUCGCUGCCGCCAUACUGAAGAACAAGCGACUGGUUCAAUUUCGCGUCUGUGAGCGGAUGGACUCAAAUCAUUUCCUCGCGAUUCUGAACGCACUGGAACAGAACGGAAGGAGCAUAAAGAAGAAACGCGGCAAAAGCGUGGCCAAGUAA